AUGACCAACGUAUCGCCUCGUCCAUCUUCAUACAUCAAAUCAACGUUUCAACGCGUAAAUUCAAACGAACGGAGUCGUGUAUUGUCAGAUUUGCACUGUGAAGUUGCUUGUACAUGCAUCAGCUUGCUUCCUUGUAGAAAGUCACCUGAACUUGAAAGUCGCCCAAUAGUUUUCAUUAAGAAUUAUUUCCCAAAACACCGAGUUUCUGUGACCUACUCGGUUCAUAUAAUAGGAAGUACGGAAAGAAAAGGAUCACUUUCUGUUGUCUUGAGAAAACGAAGUAGAAUAAACGACGAAAAAUAUCUGUAUGAUAUAUUGAUGGCUAUCAUUCAUUAUUCAGCUGUAACACCCUUCCGGCGCCUAGCUGUUAUGCCCCCCGAAGGAAGAACGAGGGCUGGGAUACUACCAAGUUGCCCAAACCUGGACAGGGGAAGUCCAGAGGCAGAGGUCAGGUUCGAACCUCUUCCGGUCAGUAAAGUCGUGUUCUAA